UUUUUGAUGGUGAAUCUGUGAAGCACUACAGGAUCAGAAAGCUGGACGAAGGAGGCUUUUUCCUAAGCAGAAGGAAAACUUUCAAAACUCUGAACGAGUUUGUUGACUAUUACAGUAAGAACAGCGAUGGCCUCUGCGUGGCGCUUGGAAAGCCAUGCCUAAAGGUACAAAUUCCUACUACUUUUGAUUUGUCGUAUAAAACUGUCGAUCAGUGGGAGAUAGACCGACAAUCUGUGAAACUGUUGAAAAAAUUAGGAUCUGGUCAGUUUGGUGAGGUAUGGGAAGGACUGUGGAAUAAUACCACCCCCGUGGCAAUCAAAACAUUAAAACCAGGUUCAAUGGAUCCAAAAGACUUUCUGAGGGAGGCACAAAUAAUGAAGAACUUAAGACAUCCAAAGCUUAUACAGCUUUAUGCUGUUUGUACUUUGGAGGACCCAAUUUAUAUUAUUACCGAGCUGAUGAGAUAUGGAAGUCUUCUAGAAUACCUUCAAAAAGAUGCAGGCUCCCAGAUCUCCCUGCCACAUCAAGUAGAUAUGGCUGCUCAGGUGGCUUCCGGGAUGGCUUACCUUGAAUCCCAGAACUAUAUCCAUCGGGACCUGGCAGCCAGGAAUGUUCUUGUUGGUGAACACAGUGUUUACAAAGUAGCAGACUUUGGACUUGCAAGAGUUUUUAAGGUAGAAAAUGAAAACGUAUAUGAAGCUCGGCCUGAAACCAAGCUCCCAGUGAAAUGGACAGCUCCGGAGGCAAUCCGCUACAACAAAUUCAGCGUUAAGUCAGACGUCUGGUCAUUUGGAAUACUUCUGUUCGAAAUAAUCACCUACGGGAAGAUGCCUUAUGCUGGUAUGCCAGGACACCAGGUGAUCCAGAUGCUGGACAAGGGGUAUAGACUUCCUCAGCCAGACACCUGCCCAGCUCCACUCUACGAGCUGAUGCUGCAGUGCUGGAGCGCAGAAGCAGACAGGAGGCCCACCUUCGAGGCCAUCUGUGGGCAGCUGGAGUGCUACUUUGAGACCGACUCCUCUUCCUACGCCCACGUCCAGUCCAUGGUGAAAUGA